UCAUAAAGAUUUUAAGAAUAGCUUUGAGUAUUAACCUUUAGCAUAUAGUACUAAAGUGAGAAUAGUCUAGCAGACUUAGAGAUAUGAUUCCAUUGUAUAUGGGUUUUGAUAGUUGACUUUUAAAUGUCAUGUGCAAAUUUAGCAGGCUUGGAGUUUUUUCGGUAUGUAUGUAUGUAUGUGUGUUUUUUAACUUUUGCUUUGCAGAGACACCUGGGGAGAAAAACAGGAUGUCGGAGCGACAGGGUGAAAUAACGGUCAUAGUUAUUUAUAACAGGAUGAACUUCUAAAACAGAAGUACAACUUUCCAUCAAACGGGUCUGGUGAACCUUUAAGAAAGAAGUAAAACUUUCCAUCGAACAGGCCCCCACCCAAUUGCACAUAUAUAUAUUUUGGGUCAGAGGGAGAGGCAGAUCAGAUCAACCGCUUCUCGGGGGAUUUGUUUCUGCAUUGGUGUUGUGUAAAGACAGGGACAGUUUUUGACCCAGAGCUCUGUAAUAUUUCAUUUGAGAUACUUAUUAAAAUAAUUUGAUUUGAGUUACGUGUCUGAUCUCCUCAUUAAGAACAUGCAGGACGAUUAAAGUCCAACAAUUGGUGACCCCAUCGACGUGAUGAGGAGGACUGGACAUCAUUGAUUUUUCUUCUCGACAUUCCACUUGCGCAAAAUAGGAAAGAUCGGGAAGCUGUGAAGGAGGUGCUGCCCGGCCUUCGCAGAGUCAGCAUGCCUCACAUCACCCUGACCACAGACACUCGUAGGCGGCAGAGGCGUACUGCGAGCCAGCAUCCGUCUCGAUGCAGCUUCACGGACCGCGUUCAGGCGAACGGAGACGCCAUCGCCCAGCAUGAAAACGGUAAGACUCCGCUUGUCAUUGUAACCUGCACUACUUGCCACAUGUACAGUUUAGCUUCUUCCGUCAGCAUAGAGGGGUUUACAUGUGCUAAGUGUAUUGAAGUAGUAAGGCUGACGGAGAAGGUUGCUGAACUAGAAGCGCGCAUCCGAACGCUAGUUGAGGACAGUAAGACCGCUAAUGUUAUUGUUACAAACACUGUUUCGGGUGCGCCUAGUGUUAAGCGUAAUACACAUGGCUCGGUUCCGACUUCAGAGUCAAGGCGGCUGACUAACUGGGUGACUGUCAGGCGGCAUAGUCACAUUCGGCACCCAAAUCACGCUCCUGUUUUAAUAUCAAACAGAUUUUCUCCACUCAGCAAUACACCGGCUGAGACGUCUGUUAAAAGUGCCCUGGUUAUUGGAGAUUCUAUACUCAGGAACGUUGACAUUGAGGCACCAGCCACCAUAGUCGAUUGUAUACCGGGAGCCAGAGCGUCUGACAUUAGAUCCAAAUUAAAAGUGCUGGCUAAUGCUAAACGUAAGUUUUCUAAGAUUGUUAUUCACGCCGGCACGAAUGACACCAGACUCCGCCAGUCGGAGAUCACCAAAGAUACUAUUAAAGAGGUGUGUGAAAUUGCAAAAACAAUGUCAGACAAUGUAAUUUGCUCUGGUCCCCUCCCCGCCUACCGGGGGGAUGAAACUUACAGUAGAUUAGUGUCUCUUCAUGGCUGGAUGUCAAAGUGGUGCCCUCAGCAUAACGUAGGGUUUAUAGACAAUUGGAAGCAUUUCCGGGGAAGACCUGACCUGCUAAAGAGAGAUGGCCUCCAUCCGUCUCCGGAAGGUAGUGCUAUACUCUCUAGAAAUCUGACCAAUAGUCUUACUUUUGAUAUAGUCUGACUAUCCAGGGCCCAGGUCAGGAAACAGACAGAUCGGCUUACCCAUCAGUCUGUUAGCUGCCUUGACAUGUCAAGAUCACAUAUAUCCCAGCACAUAGAGCCUUUUUUACCAGAGUACCAACACAUCUCGACUGUGUCUGUUCCUCGAACAAAUAAAUACAGACCACCGUCUACCUCGUCUCGUACAAAUCUUAUUAACAUAAAAUUAGAACACAAUACAUUAAAAGAUGAAACUCAAAUGUUAAAAUUCGGCCUUCUUAACAUUAGAUCGCUUACCAAUAAAGAACCUAUUAUCAAUGAAAUAAUUACUGACCAAAACUUAGAUGCACUCUGUUUAACAGAGACCUGGCUUAAAGCAGACGAUUACAUCAGUUUAAACGAAUCCACCCCACAAGACUAUUAUUAUAAACACGUUCCUCGCCUAAAAGGGAGAGGGGGUGGUGUAGCUACAAUAUACAACAAAAUGUUCAAAGUAAACCAUAAAUCAGAACUAAAAUUUAAUUCGUUUGAAAUAAUAUUGUUAAACAUGGAAAUAACUGAUCGUAACAACAAACAGCUUUCGUUCAUUUUAGCUACCAUAUAUAGGCCUCCGGGCCACCACACAGAUUUUCUUAAAGAAAUAGCAGACUUCCUAUCUGAGCUUACAGUCACUGUAGACAAAGCUCUUAUCGUUGGUGAUUUUAACAUCCAUGUGGAUAACUCAAAAGAUGCAUUAGGACGUGCGUUUAUGGAUGUUCUAAAUUCUCUCGGUAUUAAACAAAACGUGUCUGGACCCACGCAUACUCGUAAGCACACAUUAGACUUAAUUCUGUCACUCGGACUCAAUAUUAAUGACAUCGAAAUAUCACCCCAGAGCGAUGCCGUUUCAGACCAUUGCCUUGUGUCAUACACAAUACUUCUAGAUAGGACCGUUCAGUCUACAACAUGCUACAGAUUAGCCAGAACAAUAAUUUCCACCACUAAAGAUAGCUUUAUUAGCACUCUUCCAGACCUGUCUCAAAUGAAACAUGUAGCAGAUAACCGUGAAGAUCUGGAUAUUAUAAUAGAAAACCUGAACAACGUUUGCUCUAGCACGAUGGAUGCCGUUGCUCCCAUACGAAAAAAGAGAAUCAAAGGAAAAACGCCAGCUCCAUGGUAUGACCAUCAUACUGCAGCCCUUAAAAAAGUAGCUAGAAAAAUGGAAAGAAACUACCGAAACACAAAGUUAGAGGUAUGGCGUUCAGCAUGGAAAGAGAGUGUUCAACACUACAGACAGGCUAUUAAAACCGCCAGAUCUACCUAUCUCAGUACGCUUAUUAAAGAAAAUCAUAACAACCCUCGUUUCCUCUUUAGCACAGUUGCGAAACUGACUAGAAACAAAGAACAAACAGAAACCAAUAGUAAAUUCCAACACAAUAGUAACGACUUCAUGAACUUCUUUACUAACAAAAUUAUUUCUAUUAGGGAAAACAUAGAAACUACGCAAGCAGCCACCACUCUACCCAAUAGUACAUUGACCACUAGAUUAUCAUACGAACAUCUUGAGUCAUUUAAACCUACUACAAUAGAAGAGCUCUCUAAAUUAGUAACGUCAUCUAAAUCAUCGUCCUGUAUAUUAGACCCCAUUCCCACAAAAUUACUAAAAGAGGUAUUUCAUGUAGUGUCCGACACGGUACUAAAUAUCUUUAACUCAUCGCUAGAAUUAGGAUACGUUCCAACAGCUUUCAAACUAGCAGUUAUUAGACCGCUCAUUAAAAAACCAAACCUUGACCAGGGAGAUCUUAAUAACUUUAGACCAAUCUCAAAUCUACCUUUUCUUUCUAAAAUAUUAGAAAAAAUAGUGGCAAGCCAGCUACGCACAUUCAUAGCGAAUAAUAAUACAUAUGAAAAGUUCCAAUCAGGAUUCAGGCCCCACCAUAGCACAGAGACAGCGCUGCUUAGAGUUACAAAUGACCUCCUAUUAACAUCCGAUCGUGGUGAAAUCUCAAUCCUUAUAUUACUAGACCUUAGUGCAGCCUUUGACACAAUAGAUCACAGAAUCCUACUCAAUAGACUAGAAAACUAUGUUGGCAUCAGUGGUCAGGCGUUAGCCUGGUUUAGAUCGUAUCUAACCAAUCGAUAUCACUAUGUUUAUGUAAAUGAGGAAGAGUCACAUCACUCCCCCGUUAAAUACGGCGUACCUCAGGGAUCAGUUCUAGGCCCUAUCCUAUUCUCGUUAUAUAUGUUACCUCUAGGAGACAUUAUCAGGAAACAUAACAUAAGUUUUCACUGCUAUGCGGAUGAUACCCAGCUUUACAUCUCGUCACAUCCUAGCGAAACCCACCAGUUUGCUAAGCUAACAGACUGCAUUAGUGAUACUAGGGACUGGAUGGCACAUAACUUUCUUAUGCUAAACUCCAAUAAGACAGAGAUACUUAUUAUUGAACCAAAUCGCUCCAAACAUAAUAUGUCAGAUUACAAGUUGCCCAUAGAUGGCUGCACGGUGGUGCCAUCUUCCACGGUUAAGAAUUUAGGCGUAAUGUUUGACAGCAAUCUAUCUUUCGAUAGUCAUAUCUCCAACGUCUGCCGCACAGCAUUUUUCCAUCUUAGAAAUAUCUCAAAAAUACGCCAUAUGCUGUCUGCAUCAGAUGCAGAAAAGCUUAUCCAUGCUUUUAUGACCUCUAGAUUAGACUAUUGUAACUCGUUACUCGGGGGAUGCCAUGCAAAUCAGGUAAACAAGCUACAGCUGGUUCAAAACGCCGCCGCAAGAGUGCUUACUCGAUCUAAAAAGUAUGACCACAUUAGUCCAAUUCUGGCAUCUUUACACUGGCUACCAGUUAAAUAUCGCAUACAAUUUAAAAUAUUACUAAUCACCUACAAAGCCUUAAAUGGCCUAGCGCCCUCGUAUAUAAAAGAACUACUAUCAGAAUACAAUCCACCACGUAAACUGCGAUCACAAAAUUCGGGUUACUUAAUUAUCCCUAGAAUAUCAAAAGUGUCUAAAGGUGGUAGAUCCUUUUCCUACUUAGCCCCUAAGCUCUGGAAUGAUUUACCAAAUAAUGUUCGAGUAUCAGACACAGUCGAACAAUUUAAAUCUAAACUUAAGACAUUCUUCUUUAACAAAGCAUUCACAUAGAAUGUCCAGUAAAUGUACUUUUCCCGCAGUAGUUACUUUGUCUAGAACAAAGCACUCACAUACCUCAUACGGGUAAUUUACUCUUGCCGCAAUAGUUAGCCUGUCUGGAACCGAGCUGAAUUAAACCACUAUAAUGUAUGACACUUGCAUUACAUGCGAACGGCCCCUACGCUAAUAGAAUUCUGUUUUUGUCUCCCUGUCUCGUCCUCGACUCUGAGGACAAUGAGACAAACAGACCCAGUUCCUGUUGCUGUGAAGGUCAUCGCACCACUAAUCAACUGGCUGUCCUUCAACGUGACGCCCAACCGAUGUGCGACCAACGGCCACCGGCUGAACCAGUUUAAUCCGCUUACACGCUUCCUAUCCCUACCGUGUCUAUAUAUUAUAAAUAUAAAUAUUAAUCUCUCCCUAGGGUUUUUUGUCCUUCUAGGAUUUUUUCCCAUUGGGUUUUCUCCUAGGGGGUUUUUUAGUCCCAGGGAGAGUCAGCCAACUUUGGCUUAACUUAGCACUUUACUGUAUACGUUACAUUAUUAAUAUGCUCGCUUACACGGUUUUUUAUCCUUAGCCGCUAUAUUCUACUUCUUAUACUAUGUAUUGAUUUUCAAUGUUCUCCUCUACAUCUACUCAUGUAAAGCUGCUUUGCAACAAUUAACAAUUGUGAAAAGCGCUAUAUAAAUAAAAUUGAAUUGAAUUGAAUUGA